UCACUUAAGAGGAAGACAAACGGCAAGGAGAGAGAGAGAGAGAGAGAUGGACGAGGAGGACAGGAUUCUAGAGAGAGAGAGGCUUCAGAUGGAGCAGAUUCGUGAGCUCGAUUUCGAGGAGUUGCAGGUUGAGGAAGUCGAUGAAUUUCGAGAUUCCGAGGAGGAUGAUGAUCUCGGAAUCUCCCACCACACUCGUCUCCGUCUCCUCUCUGAUAAUGUUGGUGCUGAUGAUGAACAUGUUUUCAACCCAGACGUGGCUUCUUUACAUACCUAUCUUGGCGAGGUUGAGGACACUCCAAACAGAACUGCUUUUGUGGAUGGAGGCACAGUUUUGAAGAUCCCUCUUUUCUAUCUCGAAGGAGUGGUUCUGUUUCCGGACUCCACGCUUCCCCUUAGAAUCGUCCAGUCCACUUUCUUGGCUGCUAUUGAGAGAGCUUUGAACCAACCUAACGCUCCAUGUACCAUUGGUGUCAUUCGUGUUUACAGAGAAGGUAAUCAGUUCAAGUAUGCCACUGUUGGGACAACCGCUGAGAUACGACAAUACCGUCGACUUAGUGAUGGCUCAUUCAAUGUUAUUACUCGUGGACAGCAGCGGUUUCUUUUAAAGCGUCGCUGGACUGAUGUUGAAGGAUUCCCUUGCGGAGAGGUUCAUAUUGUUGAGGAAGAUGUACCCUUGAGGACUCCCAGGGAUGCUUUUGGGAAGCUGGUACCAAUAAGCAACUCGAGAGCUUCCAGUACAAUGGCUUUAUCUGCAUCUUUUAGUGACACGGACGAAAUGUCAGUAGCAAAUUCUGAAGAAAGUUUUGAAAGUGCUCUUUCUCCAUCAGAGAAAAGACUUCAUUAUUCAGCAGUUGACUCAAUAAUGGAUGACUGGACAUGUAGUGAUGAUGAGGACGAAGUAGUCAGUACAUCUAAUAUUAUCCAAUCUGCUGAUGGCAAAACUCCUGUUUCGAAAGGGAAAUGUCAAAAGCUAAACAGGCUGACGAGUUUCCGGAAAAAUACUGAUCUAAACCGAUUCAGUAUGGCCCCAAGAGCAUUUUGGCCAUUCUGGGUGUACCGGAUGUACGACUCAUAUCAUCUUGCUCAACGAGCAGCUGAUCUGUGGAAGCAGAUAGUUGGGGUUCCAAACAUGGAGGCAAUAGUGAAUAAGCCAGAUAUUUUAUCAUUUUCCAUUGCUAGUAAAAUUCCCGUCUCUGAGUCAAUUAGACAAGAGCUCUUGGAGAUUGACGGAGUCUCUUACAGAUUGCAGAGAGAAAUAGAGUUGCUUGAGAGUUUUGAUCGUGUUCGAUGUAAACACUGUCAGAGUGUCGUAGCAAGAAGAAGUGACAUGUUGGUUAUGUCUAGUGAUGGUCCUCUAGGUGCCUACGUAAACCCACAUGGCUAUGUGCAUGAGAUAAUGACAUUUUACAAAGCAAAUGACAUAGCGAUAAGUGGUAGAUCUGUUAAAGAAGACAGUUGGUUUCCUGGGUAUGCAUGGACGAUUGCAAAUUGUGCAACGUGUGAAACCCAGCUGGGUUGGCUUUUCACAGCAACAAGCAAUAAGUUGAAGCCAUCAUCUUUCUGGGCAGUUCGUAGCUCACAGGUCGCAGAUGACAUGCGCUGAAAAACAAGUAUUACAACAGGUCUCACUCACAUAUCAAUUCCCGCCGAAUGACCAUAUAAAGGAGUCUCCAACUGGUAUCUUUAGUAUCCUUUAUGCAUAUGAGAUAACAAAAUAGUUUGUGAAAGGCAGAAGCGGACUAGAGUAUAGAGGUUCUAAAGUAGUAACAACAUCUUGAGAGGUAGGUAGAUGUCUUUUUCAUCAAUACAUUAUAUAUGUACACAUGAAAACAAGAUGUAUGUGAAGGAAACCUACGUAUGCUAAGAGUAUACUGGUAACCUUAUGGAUUAAAGUACUGAAUCUCUGAUGGGCUUUCUGACCUUGAAUGAAUUUGAAAGCUCACUCA